UCAGUGUACAUGCAAGGAAAGCUGAGAUCACGUGAACGUCCGCUUCUGUGUAAAGGGUUGAUGUAAGAGGAGAUAUGAGGUUGACUUUGUGUCAGUGCUUGCAGAGAGUGAAACCUUUUCCAUCAUGAAAGAUCUUCACAGGUGGCUGUUUACAUCCUGGCUUCUCUGUCAUCUGACGAUUUGUAAAGGCAGAAAAACCAUUGUACGUAAUUUUGAGGGUGAGACUGUCACAUUGCCAUGCAAAUAUGACAGUCAAUAUCAUGGAAAAUGUCACAUAUGCUGGAUGAGAGGAGACAUUCCCAAUAUGGGAUGUGGUGAUGAAAUUAUCAGAAGUGAUGGCGAUAAAGCAUCGUGGACAACAUCACAGAGAUACCAGAUGACUGGAGAAAUACAGCAUGGAGAUGUGUCCCUGACAAUCCUUAACAUCCAAAAACAAGACUCUGGCAAAUAUGGUUGCCGCAUACACGUGCCCGGAUGGUUUAAUGAUCAGAUGUAUUAUGUUCACUUGAUUGUUACUGACAAACCUACUCCAACAACAUUGGAAACUACAUCCAUGACCAGCGGUUUCUAUGACCAUGAAACCACAGGAGUAUUCACCACUGCCAUGACAGAGGCACCUGUUCCAACCACACAAGAGCCUGUGGCAGUGAUCACUAUUCAUGGGUAUUUAACCUCUGAAUCACAGACCACUCAAACAGCAGGAGAAUCUGACAGAACACAAGAGAAUUCAUCAUUCGUCAGUUCAUCGAGUUCUCCAGAGAGUAGCACUUUUGAACUAUGGCCUUAUGACACAACACAUGGUAUAACAGAGCAAACUUUUGAGAAAAUGGUUGAUUACCACAUUUCGUCCUCUGUGAAAAACAUAGAGAGUAUGAAUGCAUCUGCGGUUUUUGUGCCUGUUCUUCUGGUACUGUUGGCUUUAAUAGUCACUGCUGCCCUUCUGAUAUGGAAGCAAAAGAGGAAAAACAGAGCAGUGGUCGAAAUAGCCCAGAACUCUGAGAACUCUGUCAUCUACAGUAACUCUGGCAGCAGUUUGGGUCUGUACAACAGAGAGAUGGCCAUGGAAAAUGUCUAUCAGAUACAGACCGAAAAUGAAUAUGAACAGUGGCAUUAAUAUCUCAGAAAACUGACUUACAUUUACUUCAGCAUUUUUAAGUUGAUCAGUGAUGUGCAGUCUCAACUGCACUAAAACAGUUUUGCUUGUGUAUACUUAUAUGACAACUCUUGCUGAUUAGAGCAAAAUCAUUACUCUGGACUAACCUUUAAUAGGGCUUUACUCUUCCCAAAAUUGAUUUGUAAGCCAUACACACUUAAGUCUAGUGGCUAACAUACUGCAACACUAUCAAUAAUAAAACUUUUCCCAGUUGAGUACAUUUUAAUUUAAUAAUUUACCACAGAUUCUUUUUUUAUACCAUAUCUGUACUUUUCUACAAAAUCACACUAUUUAGUCUUUGUCAGUGUUGGGUGCAAUCUGAUCCAAAGAUAUUAGUCACUAUGUCAUAAAGUAGUGAUAUACAUUACAUUUUUAAUUACAAUUACUGAUUUUCAAUUAAGUCUAUUAAUUAUAAGUACAUUGAUUUCACAUUUCUAAAAUUGUAUUAUUUAUGUAGGUUUGUAAAAAAUGAUUGUGUUCAUAUGUAUGCUACUCUUUGUGUUUCUGUGACACCUGAGUCACUAAGAACAGAUUAGUAAAUCAAUAUUUUAUUACUUUCUUAUGAAGUAUUACUUUUUUAAUAACUUACCCAUCACUGGUCGUGGUAACAAGAGUUUACACAAGUCUAUGGUCUUAGAAUUAGUCAUUUUGAGGAACGUGAGUUCAAAGAGGUCACACAACUGAAAACUGCAAGGGAACUAGAUUUUGAAGCAUUGUCAUUAAUAAAG